GCCAGCUCUCCCAGCAGAGCGGACAGGGGCUGCGUGGGAGCUGAGCUCACCUCUUAUUUCAAAGAAUCUUAACAGCAGGUUUUAAGCUACUUAUUUACUUUUUUUGGUCUGUGCAGGAAGUCUGAGCUAAAAAAAAAAAAAGAGAGAGAAGUAUAAUUAGUCUGGCACGCCUGCAUUCCUGCUCCAGGCUCAGGCAGGGAGGGACUCUUGUCGGAGCCAGGAAGAGGAUCUGAUCCCUGGAGAUCAUUGCCACAAACGUGUGUAACUGAAACCUGCAGCCAUGCUGAAACAGAUAUUAUCGGACAUGUACAUUGAUCCUGACCUGCUGGCAGAACUCAGCGAGGAGCAGAAGCAGAUCCUCUUCUUCAAGAUGAGGCAGGAACAAAUCAGACGGUGGAAGGAAAGAGAAGCUGCUGCAGACAAGGCUUUAGCAAAGAAGCCACUGCCGAGAAAAGCCAACGGGAAGUCGGUGACAUGGAAGCUUGGCGCUGACAAUGAUGUCUGGGUCUGGGUGAUGGGUGAGCAUCCUUCAGAUAAAUCGUACGCGGCCAUCUGUGAAGAGAUCCAGGCACAAAGGGCAAAGCGGUUAGCGAGAGAGCAAGGCAAGGAGGGCAGAGAGACUGACUCUUCUGUAACUCGGUCUCUACAUCCACAACCAGGAGUCCUGAGUGAGACAGAUCUUCAUGCGAAUAAAAAAAGCACUGUGGAGGAAAAGAAGGAAGAUGGGAGAAAAACUGCUGCUGCUACAACAGGGAAAAGCCAGGAGCUCGCAAAGAGGGAAAGCAGAGAUGUUCACCAGAUGCUGGCAGACUGCCAUGUGAGGAAGCAUGGCUUCCAACAUACAAAGGAAGCACAGAGGAGAAAUUCAGGAGAAGAGACCACAGCCCCCCAGGAGGCCAUACCACAGAGUCACCCCAGCUUGGAGAGCCAGAGGACACUGCAGAAAUCAGAUGAGAAUGAGCCUGAAUGGCAGGAAUCCUUGCGGAAAUCCAAGGCAGCAGAUGAGAAGAGACGCUCCCUUGCACGGCAAGCCAGGGAUGACUACAGGAGGCUUUCACUGCAGGGCAUCCACAAAGGGAAGCAGGCAGAUAUUUCCAAGGGUGCCACAGCAGGAGAUCGGCGACCACUCCAAUAUCCGCCUCUCCCCCCCAAGCCUAAACUUCUACCUCCUGCGAUGGCAAAUGGGAGACCAAUUAGGAAAGAGGGAAUCCAGAGGACAAUCUCCAAUUCCACUGAAGAAAGCAUCAUCAAGUGGUUCAAAGAGGAGCAAUUCCCUCUCCGAGCUGGCUAUCAGAAAACCACGGACAUGAUAGCACCUUGGUUCCACGGUAUCCUAACUUCUAAGAAAGCAGAGGAGCUUCUGAAUAAAACAGUACCAGGGAGUUUUCUGGUCCGCAUCAGUGAGAAAAUCAAAGGCUAUGUGCUCUCCUAUCGGUCUGUGGAAGGAUGUAAACACUUCCUCAUUGAUGCCUCCAGUGAUUCCUACAGCUUCCUUGGAGUGGACCAGCUACAACAUUCAACACUGGCUGACCUUGUAGACUACCACAAGGACGAACCCAUCACUUCCUUGGGGAAGGAGCUGUUGCUUUACCCAUGUGGCCAAGAGGACCAAGAACCAGAUUACAUCUCUCUCUUUGACUGAGCCUCCCAGCCUCGCUGUGCAGCCCCAUGCUUGUAUUCACAAAGACUGAACUUCAAACUAGAGCUGCUGAUGCUUACCUGAAAUGGUUGCCAUAAGUGCCUUUAUUU